AUGGACGCGCGCGCGUGCGCGUCGUGUUUGGAGGCGAUCGCGAGCCAUCGUCCGGACAUGAAGAUUUUUGUCGAGUCCGAGGUGGAGAUCGAUUACGACGCGGUUCUCGGUGAGGGUGGGUUCUGCACCGCGUACGUCGCGCGGUUUCGCGGUGAGACGGUGUGCGCUCGCGUCGUGGACGGGUCGAAGGAGUCGCAGGUGGUGGCGGAGGUGGCCACGGUGGGGGAUUUGCCGAGAGUGGCGGUGAAGACGCACGGGUGCGCGCCGACGACGCGGCGAGACGGGAAGAAGUAUUUGGCGGUUUUGAGUGAGUUGUGCCCGGAUGGAUGCCUGGAGGAUUUUAUGACGCGGGAGAAGGCGGCGGGGAGGGAACUGAGCGCGCGGGUGAAGUUGGACGUGUUCUUGCAGGUUGCGGAGGGACUGGAAGAGCUGAAGGCGGCGCGCGUGGUCUGGCGGGAUUUAAAGGCGAAGAACGUGCUCGUAAGGAGCGUGGUGAGGAACGCGUUCGGGACGGUGACGAAGGUCACGAUUGGGUUCACGGAUUGGGGGACCGCGGUGCGAUUGCCAAAGGUUGGGAAGCGAAGGAUGACGCUCCAAGGACCGGGGACGUGCGGGUACAUCGCGCCGGAGACGAGGGGGCCGCACUACGAUUUUCAGGCGGAUAUGUGGGCAUUCUUGGUAUGGGCAGCGUCGAUGUGCCUAGACGUGGAGAUUUUAGUCGAUUGCCAGCUCGAGGAGGCUCUCGGUGAGCUCAAGCUGGAGAAGAAGAUCGCGGCGACGGCGGGACAGGAGACGCGCGUGAAGGAGGUGCUCGCAAAAUUUGACGCGCGCGUCACGCCCGGAUGCGAAGCACUGUACGACUUCUUGAAGUCCACCACGUGGGUAGACGCGAAUGAACGAUGGAGUUCGGACGAGGCAAUCGAAGAGAUGGUCGAUUUCCGCGAGGCGAACGAUUUACACCUCCCCAUGGGCGGUUGCACUCCCGCUCGGCCGACGAGUUUCCCAGAGGAGAGCGUGCAGUGCACCGAGCUCGACGAGACGAACGAGGACGAGGGGGAGGAGAUCGAGCAAGGGAGUCCCGCAAGACCGCAACCGCUGACUCCGGGUCCGUUCCGAAUGACAUCAGUGACACCCGGUCCCGGAUACGGGAUGACGCCGUACGCGCCGACUCCGUUUGCGAUGACGCCCGCCAUCGACUCGUGCACUCCGGGUCCGAGAUGGCAUCCUUUGAUGAACCGAAGACUCGUCGAACUCCCGCCGCCGAUGCACUUACAUCACGCGCACGAGACCGAGGAGGACGUCGAGGAGGUCGCGACAACAGAGGCAAAUGCGCCCGUUGACGAGAACCACAUCGCAGUCGAAACGCCGCGUGCGCCGCUGAGCGUCGUCGACUUGAAUACAUCUCCGCACGAAGCUCAAGCGCAACCGCAGAAGAAACGUCGCGGUCGUCCGCCUAAGGUGAAUGAUUGCCCACCGCCGGUAAAGAAGUCCAAGGUUGCGAACGAAGACAACUCGCUCGCGCUCGCGCUCGUGCCUACAAAGGGUUGUAGCAAGUGUCGAUGGUCCCGAAACGGCUGCGGUGGAUGUGACCCCGACACCGUUCGUCUUCCCAGAGGUCCCGCAGCGGCGGCGCUGAAGAAGAAGGCUGCCACGAAGCUACAGAAGCAACCGAAGAGGUUGACCGCGAAAAAGGCGAGCUCAAAGAACUCGAAGGCACUCGUCCUCGUUGGCGGUCCCAAGGGUUGCAGUAAGUGCCGAUGGUCCGCUGGCGGGUGUGGGAGGUGCGAUCCUGGAAAGGAACGUCUUCCUCGUGGUCCCGCGGCGCGAAUGGCCAAAGCGCCGACGAAGACAAAGAAACCAGUCGCAAAGGCGUCUUCAAAGGCCGGCAGCUCCAUGGCGCUCGUCGUCUAUGGCUCCAAUACGAAAGGUUGCAGCAAGUGCCGAUGGGCUGCAAACGGGUGCGGUGCGUGCGAUCCAGAAUCGCCACGUCUACCCCGCGGGCCUCGAGGUGGGAAGAAGAGCGUACCGGUGAAGAAGACGACCAAAAUGAAAGCGCCUAAGCGCGUCGAGACGAAGAGCGCCAAGGGUAUGAACGUCGCCUUUCCAGGCACCAAAUCGUCCAGGUACAUCGACGUGAAUACCGGCAAGCCCAUCGUGGUGAAGGAAUUGACAGUUGUUCCUGUGCUUCGACCGGAUGGAAAGCGCGGUCGCGGUCGUCCUCGAAUUCUUCGCCCACCAAGAACAGAGCUUGGCUGCACCAAGUGUCGAUACGCCAAAAAAGGGUGCGGAAAGUGCCGCACUGAGCUCGAGGAGGCCAAAGCGCUCGCGCUCGUCAGAUGA